AUGAAUGAAGAAAAAUUCCAUCGUGAUCCUGAAGAAUAUGCGAUAUUCAAACGAUUAAACAACAAACAGUUUUCCAAACGUCCAAACGAUAUUUACGUUACACGAAAAACCAAUUUCAAAGCACAAUUAGAGCGUUGUAUGAAAUUGAUUUCAUCCAACGGAAACUAUCGAGAAAUCACAAUCUAUGGUAUGGGUUCUGCUUUGCAACGAACGAUCAAUUUAGCGUUACAAUUUCAAUUGAAAACCAAUUGUCAACUGCACACGUCAAUAUCAAGUAUCGAAGUUACUGAUCACCUGAUGCCUUUGUUAGAUGAUCUCGAACCCAUGAAUGAUACGCGCUGGGUAUCAACAAUCACGAUAUCGUGUACUUUACCAGCUAUUUUAACAACAGAAACGAAAUAA